GCUCCCAUGUGACAGCAGAAGGUCAAACAUGGCAGUCUGCACGAAGGGGCUCGACAAAUACAUCCUUUCGCUGAGAUUAUUGCGAAACUUUCAGCUCCAAAAUGAACGACUCCUGUCAACGUCUACGUGCCGUCUUGCUACGGAGAAAGACGGUGGAAAACCCCCUAAGUUCAUCCCUCCAUCUAAACCUAUCAUUAUAGAUAAAACACAAACUGCAGCAUCUCUGCGCAAGUUUCUCAGUCCAGAGUUCAUCCCUCCCAGGCAGAGAACAGAUCCAUUCAAGUUUUCAAUAGAAAGAAAAGACAUGAUCAGGAGGAGGAAAGUACUUGAUAUCCCUGAAUUCUACGUUGGGAGUAUCCUAGCUGUGACAAUGUCGGACCCAAAUGCAAGUGGAAAAACAAGCCGCUUUGUUGGUAUCUGCAUCCAGAGGGGUGGAAAGGGACUGGGAGCCACAUUUGUACUGAGAAACAUUAUUGAUAACCAAGGUGUGGAGAUCUGCUAUGAGCUGUACAGCCCCCGCAUCACGAAGAUUGAGGUGCUGAAGUUGGAGAAGAGGUUGGAUGACAACCUGAUGUAUCUUAGAGACGCCCUGCCUGAGUACAGCACCGUGAACCCUGACAUAAAACCUGUGCCAAUUUCUCCAACUGAUGAGGUCCCUGUCAACAAGCUCAAGGUAAAGAUGCGCCCAAAGCCAUGGUCUAAACGUUGGGAACGGCCCAAGUUCAACAUCAAGGGCAUUAACUUCAAUCUGUGCCUGACACCAGAGAAGAUGGAGCACGCCCAGAAGUGGGCAGAACCUUGGCGGGAGUACGACAUGUUGAAGGAGUAUGACACAUCCAAACUGGAGGAACAGAUCUUCAGUGAGGUCCAGAGGGAGAUGAACAAGUGAGGAAGAGAGACUCCCAAAAUGCAACGCUGUCCUCCAGGAACAAGAGACGAUUGGAGUUUGACAUUGGAGUGGAUACGUGACACCUGUUUGAUCUGGGAUAAAGUCUGUUCAGAUGGUUUACCACAGCUGCACCAGUGUGAGAGGAAGUCAAAUGGCGCAUUUCCACUAUGUGGUACCGGCUCGACUUGACUUGGCCUUUCCAUUACGAAAAAGGACGUGGAAUCUGGUACCCGGUACUAGUUUGUUGGUAUCACCUCCGUUGAGCUUCCAAGACCAGGGAGCAGAUAUUAAAACAUGACGUGUAAACACUGCAGACCACUGAUUGGUCAGAGUUGUCUUUGUGACCCGCCUUUUUACAGAAAACAGAUGCGGAAGUUGACAGUAAAUAUACCAUUAAGUUAAUCUACAUGAUGACAGCCCGCAAAACUACACCAUGAUCGAUCGAGGAGAUUCAGUCUUUGGUGGCUG